AUGGCUCUCAAAAUCCCCCAUGCCGGCCUCCAGCUGGAGGAGGCUUUUCACGACUCCAUUGACCACCUACCCACUCAAGCCUUCAUUCUAGACUUGAGCGACGCGGUCAUUGACGGCAUGAUCGAGUCUGUCGCCCAGGGUCACGAGAUUCGCCUUUCUCUGGGUAACACGCCGACAUUCCUCUACGGCAACUCCAGCCACCAUAUCGAAGCCACGACCGAAGACAGCAACGAUGAUCUCGAACUAUUCCUUGCCAAUGCUGCGAGCAGCUCCCCCAAGGUUGAACGCCUUCCGCAAUUCGCCAUGUCUCUCUUCCGAAAACCAGAACUAGGGGACCCCUGGGAUCAGUACCGAACGGGCUCUUCCGAGGAUGAAGAUGAUGAAUACGAAGAGGAAGCCUCACCCGAGCCUGAAGAUGCCAACGACCAGCAGUCCCACGCCGCCUUAAAUACUGACAUCGCCCUCCUACGAAGCUCACUCGCACAGAAGGAGGCUGAAAAGCAGGAGAAAUCAACCAAGGUCAUCGAGGGAAGCGGUCCUGCCUCAAACGGCAAGAACAUCAAGCGCGCUGUCGGCUCUUUGCACAAGGCGCUUUCCGGAAGACGGUCUCCCAAUGGCCGUACUUCUGUAUCACCACUACCAACUAGCCCGGCCCUCAGUGCCAUCGGCUCGCCCUCGCUGGCCCCGAACGAUGCUUCUUCUCAGCAGGCUAAACGGGCCCGGGCACCCAUCAUCCAUGAACUCGCUUUCAAGGAGCAGCCAUAUGACAUAUUGUGGCAGAAGUAUCCCGGUGCAUCUGAGGUCGACUUCAGAAACGCGCUGGAGAAGGUAGCAGACCUAUAUGAGGACUCACAGAACUAUUGCCUCCGGAAGAAAUACUGGAGGGAGCUCGACGUGUGGAACCAUGAGUAUGCAAGCAAUGACGAGCGGCAACAGGCAAUCGAUAAUGCCAUUCGCCAGUAUGACAAGAUGCGGCUUUCGCAAUCAGAACCGGAGUGGGAGAAACUGCUGCGGAAGGAGGAACGUGGUCAAGGACGAAUCCUGAGCAAGAUUCAUGCUGCAAUCGCCAAGGGACCGCCUGCCACAAAAACGAAGGGACAGCGAACGGAUGAGUCUGGAGACUCUGGAGGUGGCAGUGGCAGCGGCCGCGACGACUCGGGCGAAUAUGGAAAUGGCAGUCACCGGACUGACGAGGAGGGAGCCGAUUCCGAAAGCAUCUCGGCUUCGCCGUAUCAGCAAGGGGCAACGGCUGCCAAGAAAAAGGUCUCAGCUCGAGAAAAGCGUCUACUAUCGACCAAAAAGAAGACCAACCCGGCGCCAACUUCGGUGCCAUCGUCUACACCAAAGGUGUCUCCGACAAAGCCGACUGUUGCCAAGCCAAGCGCUGAAAAAACCAAGUUCAAGUCCAACGAAUUCAUCACAAACUCCGACUCGUCAGCAUCAGAAUCCGAGUCGAUGCCACUGGCGACGGCUGUCCGGCAGUCAAAAUUGAGCGCCGCCAACACCAAGCCGUCUGUGACCGCAAAGGCCAACACCAAGGUCGCGCUGUCUUCAUCUAUCGGAGACAAGGCACGGAAGGGGCCUGUGGUUGCUCCGCCGGCUGAUGUACGGAAACCCAAGCCCUCGCCUAUCAAAGAGGUGGUGAAAUCGCAGAUCACAGCCAAACCGUUGCUGAAAAAACGUAUCCGUCAGGAUGAAGACGACAGCAGCAGCAGUUCCAGCUCGGAUGGACCGCUAAGCAAGAGGGUCAAGCCUGGCAAACCGGCACCGAAGUUGCUACCCACAAAAGACCACGAGAAGUACCACCAACCACGACAACAACAGGCGGCGCCGCCACCAGCGCGAGCAUCCAACGUGAGCCCGAAUAGCACUACCAGCAGCAGCAGCAAUCACAGCGGCGGCCGCAGUGGCCACGUCAGGAAUGGGAGCGCACCUUCCAAUAAGCCCAAGAACAACAACUCACCUACCAAAUCGUCUCCGCUCGCAGCCUCGCCACCAGCCAACGCCUCUGAGAUUGACUUGUCUUCGGAAGAGAGCGUUCCCCCCAUUGGCAGCAGCAAUACCAAUCAGAAACGGAAGAUGGUCAAUGAGCGUCGAAAUAACCUCGACGGGACGGACUCGUCGACCAACAAUGGCAAGCCCAAGAAGCGGAAGCAUCUGCCAGAAGAUGUGGUCGAACAGGCACGGAAGUUCAAGAUCUACUACGAAAAAUAUGAAGCACUCUAUAAAGACAUAUCCAGCCGAGAUAAUCCGCCAAAGGCGCAGGUUGUUUACCUGCUGGCUAUGCACCACCGCCUCCAGUUGAUGAAGGAGAACAUCUACAGUGAGGCGAUGGUGCGGGCUUGA